CACGUCAAAAUCAGCGAGGCACGAGUGUCUUAAGAGCCAAAUAUUGUGCUUGUGCGCACUAUUCACAAAUUUCCAUGUUCUCAUUUUUAUUCCCCAGUAAGGUAAUUUCCCCCUCAUAUAAAUAACAUUCAAUGAAAAUUUCCCGAGUCUGACUCUGAGAUCAUCAUCCUCACUUCCGGAUCAGCGGAAUCAAUAAACUAUAAUUUUUUUACCACUUAAAAUUUGCAAUCUUGGAUUUCAGAAAACUCUACGGGGCCAAUCAUAAACCCUAGAUUCAUAGAGGGGGGAUUUUGUUUUUUCAGUGUAAUAUAACCGUAUUUCAGUUGAUUUUUCGGUUAUUUGGGGAUCUGGAAUACCCAGAAAGAGAAAUCAACUUUGUUUUGUUGUUAAUUUGUUGAGUUUGGAGUGAGAGAGGGAUUGGUGAGAGUGCAUUGGGAAUUGGUGUGAUCUGGGGGUGGAGGGAGAGAAAGAGAAGGGGGUGAGGAAUGAGAGGAGGGGCAUAAAUGUCUGCUCCAUUGGGUAUUGGAAUUCGUUCUGGAAGUUAUGGGUCUUUGGAUAAACAGGUACAGAACGGGACUUCACGCAAGGCUUCGAAGAUGCUCAAGGAGAAGGAGAAGGAGAGGCUGUUCCUUUGGAUCUGCAAGUUCGCCGGCCGCAAGAAGGUCGGAAUGCUCUUCCUUUGCCUCAUCUCCGCCGCGGUUUUCGUCUGGGUUUUGUAUGUUGGAAAAGGUGAAGAUUCUCAGGACGGAAACACUGUGACAAACAUUAAUGUUAAUGAAAGUGUGUCUAAAAGUGAUUCUACAUUUGAGAACUCUAUGACAAAUGCAAUGGGCUUAACUAAGAGAUUGGUAUUACUCCCUCCACCCACGGGUUAUUUUUUGGGCUACCAUCUUCCUCCAGGGCAUCCGUGUAAUAGCUUCACACUCCCUCCCCCGCCUGCUGAUAAAAAGCGUACUGGGCCACGUCCAUGCCCAGUGUGUUACCUUCCUGUGGAAGAAGCCAUUGGACUGAUGCCAGCAUUGCCCUCACCUUCACCGGUCCUUGGGAAUUUAACAUAUGUCUAUGAAGAAAAUUUAAGUAGAGAUGGAGAAUUUGGUGGUUCAGACUUUGGUGGGUAUCCUACUUUGAAGCAGAGAAAUGAUUCUUUUGAUAUACGAGAGUCGAUGACUGUGCACUGUGGAUUUGUUAGAGGAAUUAAACCUGGCCGCAACACAGGAUUUGACAUUGAUGGAGCUGACCUUUUUGAAAUGGAGCAGUGUGAUGGAGUGGUUGUUGCAUCAGCCAUAUUUGGAAACUUUGAUGUGAUAAAUGAGCCAAACAAUAUAAGUGAUUAUUCAAGGAAGACUGUAUGCUUCCUUAUGUUUGUAGAUGAACAAACAGAAAAAUAUCUGAUUAGUUCUGGUAAAUUGGGAAUCAGCAAGAAGAUUGGUUUAUGGAGAACUAUUGUUGCUCGUAAUCUUCCUUACCCUGAUGCAAGACGGACAGGAAAGAUUCCAAAGCUUUUGUUGCAUAGAUUGGUUCCGAAUGCUCGCUAUUCUAUAUGGCUUGAUGGGAAGCUUGAGCUUGUUGUGGAUCCAUAUCAAAUUCUUGAAAGGUUUUUGUGGAGAAAGAAUGCUACUUUUGCAAUAUCAAAACAUUAUAGACGCUUUGAUGUAUUCAUUGAGGCUGAGGCAAAUAAAGCUGCUGGAAAGUAUGAUAAUGCCUCUAUUGACUUUCAGAUAGAGUUUUACAAGAAAGAGGGAUUGACCCCAUAUACAGAGGCUAAGCUUCCUCUUAUAAGUGAUGUUCCUGAAGGAUGUGUGAUAGUACGAGAGCAUGUUCCUAUUAGCAACCUCUUUGCUUGUCUUUGGUUCAAUGAAGUUGACCGAUUUACUUCAAGGGACCAGAUUAGUUUCUCAACCGUCAGGGACAAAAUUUUGUCGAGGGUAGAUUUUCAUUUUAACAUGUUCUUGGAUUGUGAAAGACGCAACUUUGUAGUUCAGAAAUACCACAGGGAUCUAUUGUUGCGCCUGGCGCCACCAGCUUCACCCCCUCCCCCAUCUCCUCCUCCUCCAUUGCCAGUGCUUGAAACAUCACCUGAAAAGGGUGCAAACUCACCCAUUAGAAGAGGCCCUGGAAGGCGUGGAAAAGAUCGACGAGCUGGUUCACGGCGCCACCGCAAAGUUGUUGCUGGAGGUAGAGAGAUGGAACCAAGUUAACAAUUUUGUUUGGGUGAUUAUAUUAUUAGUAGUUUUGUUUAAAAUUCCACCUACAGAAAUCAUUCGUUGCAGAGCUGGAGGGAAAAAAUGUGCAAGAUGAGUGUUGUAUUGUUUCCACAUAGACGCUCUCAUUCUUUUAACUAUCCGCAAUUGUCCCUUUUUGUUAAUUUUUUGCUGUAUAUAUAGUAAAGUUUUCAAUAAUUAUAGUGGUAACCCAUUUUGCUAUUCCGCUAUCACUAAAUUCCUCACAGAAAAAGUGUACUUCCUCUGUUAUACUACUCUAAAGAUAUAUUCAAGACUCGUUCAUUCGUAUUGAUAGAAGUAA